AUGAAAAUUCUUAAAAUUCAAAUCAUCAAAUGGAACAAGGAGGUUUAUGGGUGGAUAGAUCUCAACAUAGAAGAGGCGGGAAAGGAGAUGCAUUUUUUAGAUAACAAGUUUGCUCAUUUUGCAGGUAACGUUCCGGAAGAAGUGGUGGAGAAGAGACCAACGCUAAGUGGAGUGCACUUGAAGUCGCUUAGUGAACCGGAGAGUUUGUUCCUUGAAAGACCGUUCACGGAGAAGGAAGUGGAGGAUGCCAUUUGGUCGUGUGAUGGAAACAAAAGUGCGGGACCGGAUGGUUAUUCUUUAGAAUUUUAUAAAAGGUUUUGGUUGGUCAUUCGGAAGGGUGUUUUACGGCUUUGCAAUGACUUCCAUGGAAAAGGUUCCCUUGUGAAAUCUAUUACUUCUUCUUUUCUAGCUUUGAUUCCCAAGAACAAUAAUCCGCAAAAUUUAGGCGAGUAUCGUCCCAUUUGUUUGGUGGGUAGUAUUUACAAAAUCAUUGCAAAAAUUUUGGCGGCUAGAUUGAAAGAGGUGAUUGGUAUUUUGGUGUCCAAUAAUCAAACCGCUUUUGUCCCGGGUAGAACCAUGAUGGAUGGUGUUUUAUUGGUGAAUGAGUUAUUAUAUUGGAUGAGGAAAAAGAAAAGAGGUUGCAUUUUACUCAAGGUGGAUUUCGAGAAGGCUUAUGACUCCGUUUCGUGGCAAUAUCUUAGAGAGAUGAUGAUGAGAAUGGGCUUUGGUGAUAGGUGGAUGAAAUGGAUGGAUGCCUGUAUUUUUACGAGUCAUAUGUCCGUUUUGGUCAACGGGAGUGCAACGAAGGAAUUCAAGGUGACUAAAGGUUUGAGACAAGGAGAUCCUUUAUCUCCUUUUCUCUUUGUUCUUGCUAUGGAAGGCUUAACCGCGCUUGUGAGAAAAUCGAUAGAGGUGGGGGAUUUUAAACCUUUCAAACCGAAAGAGAAGGGAGGGCUUGGAGUGAGAGAUGUGGCGGAAGUAAAUAAAGCUCUUCUCUUGAAAUGGAAGUGGAGAAUUUUGAGAGAGGAUAAUGCUAUUUGGAGUAGAUUUAUUUCUUUGAGAUAUCAUUGUCCUAAACUCAAGAUGCAAGCUUCUAACGGAGAUAUGAGUAGAAAUGAUGAUUCAAUAUGGUGGAGAGAUAUUACCAACAAUAAUUUGAUUAAUGAUUUUGUUGCUAGCGGUUUUACCGGGUGUUUUUCGUGUUGUUGUAAAAAUGGUAAAAGUAUUCUUUUUUGGCAUAGUUUGUGGUUGGGUGAUCAAUAUCUUCGUGAGCUUUACCCGGAUUUGUUUGAUAUGUCAACCAUAAAAAAUUGUGCGGUUGCGGAUGUGUUGGUUUGGAAUAACGGUAAGCACUAUUGGGAGUUGGAGGCUUUAUUUCGUGGUGGGGCAGCCACUGUUUUUUCGACUGGGGCUUCCACUUCUACAGCGGCUGCGGCUGUUCGGGGGAUGUCUUGUUGGGCCCGUUUUUGUGCCGACGUGAACUCUUACAUUCCGAUUGAAUUGGAGAAUGACAACUUUGUGUGGCGCAUAAAUCCGGAAAAGGAGUUUUUGGUAGCUAGCAUUUCAAAUAUUGUUAAUGUUUCAAAAUCCUUUGCUAGGCCAAACCACUUGAUUAAAUUGUUGAAAGCGAUGUGGGAGCUUAAAAUUCCUCCUAAGAUGAAAGUUUUUGCUUGGAGAUUCUUCAUUGAAAAAAUUCCUUCCAAAGAUGAGUUGUUGAAAAGAGGAGUUACUAGCAUCAUAAAUAAGGAUUGUGUGUUUUGUGGUAACCAUCCGGAAGUUAUUUCUCAUCUCUUUUUUAAUUGUCAUGUGGUGAAAGAGAUUUGGAAAAAGUGA